AUGGUUAACUUCGGUCCUGUCCUCGAGCGCAUCAAGCGCCUCGAUGUCCAAUACAACAAACCAACUAAGGAGCUCCGGGGACGAGACACCAUCCUGCCCAUCGCCCUCACUUCCAUCUUCAUCUUCUUCAUGUGGGGCCUCGCCUAUGGCCUGCUCGACAUCAUGAACUACCACGUCAAAGUAGCCAUGGGCAUAGGCCGCCAGAAGGCCGCCAUCUUGGCUGCUGGCUACUAUAGCGCCUACAUCCCCGGCGCUCUUUUAAUCGGUGGCCCCCUAGUCAAGAAAGGUGGCUAUCGAAUCGCCAUGACGCUGGGCCUAUGCGUCCUCGCCCUGGGCAACGAGUUCAUGUCUAUUGGCGCGAGCCACUGCAGUCUUGCAGGCAUGGUAGCAGCACACUUUGUCAUCGGUUUGGGAGUCUCAACUUUGGAACGUUCGGCAAACCCAUACGCCGUCAACUGUGGACCUCGCAGGCAAGCCGCCUUGCGAAUCUUGAUGGCACAAGCCUGGGCUGGGAUCGGCACCGUUGUCGCUCCAUUCCUGGCCAACGCAUUCGUCUUCAACCCCGACACCUCUACAGCACGUCCAGCUCCAGACCCUCUUCGCCCUGGUAGAUGCCAGAUGCCCACUAUGCAGAGCGCCUCCUGCGCCAACCUGGGCAGCGUCAUCACCUUCUACCGUGCCCUAGGUGCCUGCGUCUUCGCCCUGACAAUCUUCGUGGCGAUCCUCUUCUUCCGCACUAACUGGUUCCCCGAGGUCGAUGUUCCUAUCUCGGCGCCUGUCGACUGUGGCUGGAAGAAGUGGAAACACCCUCUCGUCUCCAGACGGUUUGCUCGGAUCUGGUGGGGUGUGGCAGCAAACUUUGUCAACCUUGGCUGCCAGGUGACCUUUGCACAGUUUUUCAUCGAGCACAUGAAGGUCAACGCCUGCGCCAGCGACAGAUGGGCAGCUUACUACAUGUCGCUUGCGCAGACCGCAUUCGUUAUCGGUCGCUUCGCCGCCGCAGGGCUCGUCACUGCGCCCAGGAUCUUCAAGCCCCGAUAUGUGUUGAUGUGUUUUAUGGCCGGUGCAGUCGCAACAACUGCCGCUGGGACAGGAAUCACCGCCAACGCCGCCAUCGCGGUGGCCAUCAUGGUCAUGUUCUUCGAGGCGCCGUCCUUCCCUAUGAUCUUUGAGAGCGCGACAGCCAGCUUCGAGGAGUGGACACCCACCUGCGAGACGCUGAUGAUUGUCAGCAUCUCCGGCGGCGCACUACAGCCCGCGCUGAUGGGCCAGCUCGUCGAGUCCGUGCGCAUCUCGCGCGCCUGGUGGUUGACGGCCUCGUGCUUCUUGCUCGUAUUCAGCUACCCGGUCGCCACGAACUUGAUCCCCUCGUUCAAGAGGGCCCUGGACCAGGCCGAGAUCGGCCCCGACGCUGUCAACCAAGCCGGCAUGACUGGCGCCGCUGGCGACGAGGAGACCGGGCUCCGGCGAGAGUCGACCACCAAGGACAACUUUGUGGUCAGGAUCGUCGAGAAGGUCACUUCCAGCAGGAAGAAGUCUUCGGCUUCUUCGGACACUGGGUCCGCCACGCUUCAGUCGAGCGAGGGCCCUGCUCAAAGCUCGUAG